AUGGAUGCUUUCAACACCUUGAAAAAGCUGCUCACAUCUGCACCCAUAAUGAUAGCACUUGAUUGGAGUCUUCCAUUUAAGCUCAUGUGCGAUGCCAGUGACUUUGCAUUGGGAGUUGUUUUAUGUCAAAGAAUCAACAAGGUACCUCAUGCUAUAUACUAUGCUUCUAGAACUUUGAAUGAUGCUCAGCUAAAGUAUACUACUACUGAGAAAGAAUUGAACAAAAAGGGCACUGAGAAUGUGGUUACUGAUCACCUAUCCAGGAUACUUCUAGAUGAAGAAGGAAACGAGCUGCCCUUGAGUGAAAACUUUCCAGAUGAGCAGUUAUUUACAAUAGAUGUCCAACCUCCAUCGUAUGCAGAUAUUGUUAAUUAUAUAACUACUAAGGUGUUUCCUCUUGGAAUGUCUAGUCAGGAAAUGAAGCAGUUGAUGUCUAUAUCAAGACAGUACCAUUGGGAUAACCCUUAUCUUCUCAAAUUCUACCCUAACCAAAUCAUCCGAAGGUUUGGGAGUCCAAGGGUAAUAAUCAGUGAUGGAGUAACCUACUUCAACAACCAGCCUUUUGCUCCUUUGAUAAAGAAAUAUGGGAUCACACAUAAGGUUGGCACUCUAUAUCAUCCUCAAACCAGUGGUCAAGUGGAGAUAAGCAACAAAGAGAUCAAAAGCAUCCUAGAAAGGACAAUAAAUACCAGCAGGAAGGAUUGGUCCUUGUGCUUGAAUGAUGCAUUGUGGGCCUAUAGAACUGCAUACAAAACCCCUAUUGGGAUGUCCCCAUAUAGGCUAAACAAGGAAAGAACCAAGGCAUACCAUGAUAAGCAGCUUGUCAGAAAGGAGUUUCAUGUGGGACAGAAGAUGUUGAUCUACAAUUUGAAAUUAAGACUCUUCCCGGGUAAGCUCAAGUCUCAAUGGUUUGGUCCUUGUGUUGUCACCAAAGUAUUCCCUCAUGGAGCUUUGGAGAUUCAUAGCCCAGAAAAGAAUCAGACAUUGAAGCCAGGUGUCAUGUCCUCAUCCGUUCAAGGCAUGGAUAUUGAGGUGACUUCAACCAACAUAGCCACUGCUCUAAAGUACAAUAACGAGCACCCUCCAGAAGAAGAACAGUUUGAGGAGAAGUCUCCCAUGCUCACCGUUGCAGAAAUCAUUGGCGACAUGUGUGAGGGACAUUUUGUUGAUGGACACAACAAUGUAGGUAGCAGGACCAAGAUGCCUCCAUGA